AAUAUAGCUGCUUGUGGUGGUGGUGGGAAAGGAAUCACGCCCUGCCGUAAUACAACUUCACAAACUUGUUAGACCUCGAAGCCGAAUCAUCAUGGCCUGUGUGACCAGUGUACGCCGUAUAGGCUAUGCCCACCAAGGUCAGUUUUGUGAGCCUGUACAUUUACCCGACGGUGAGCAGCUAGUUUACGAGAGCGUGAGAUCGGAUGAUAGCGAUGCAGACUACCCUGAUGCAGCAGGUCGGCACGAAGAGUUCUGCCUAGUGUCCAGGGCACGGAAGACCGCUGCCAUACCAGGCGACCGGCGACCCAGGUCAGGUGCGCUGCUAUGCUGUAAUUCUACAGGUGACACCGACAGUGAGGAAUGGGAAAGACAAGCAGUUGAGAAACGCUCGGCUCGUUGUUCUCAUAUGAUGGCCAGAGUUGUCCUAUCGGAUGAGCAGCUCGCCAUCGUAACGUCCCGUGCCCAAGGCUACCAGCAUACAUCAGCCCGAGAGAGCUGCAAUGAACGAUUGCAUCUAAGACGAAGCGAACAACAGAGUGAGCGGUCACGAGAGAAUUCGUCCGAAACGGGCCCCACAGCUCCGAGCAUAAGGAAACCGCCUGUUGCACCCAAGCCCGGCCCGGGGACAUUACUAAAACUAAAAGAGACCAGGCAACCAGAAACGACGCAACGGUCACAAGGAAGGAGUAGAGGAUUGGCGUUCCGUGCAGCGCCUAUGGAAACACAAGGGAUCGUACGCACUCCAGUACAACAACGGAACGGCCAGCUGGAAACUGUGGGAGACAAUCCAGCCAUCCACCGGGCAGCAGGUUCUCCAUGUGUAGCCCAUCGAAGGUCUACGCCUUCGUCUUCAUCUUCACUGGCAGUCGGCAACUCAUCAAAUUCAUCCCACGCCCAGGGCAAUGUUAUGCAUGAAAGCUUGAGGAGAGGAAGGUCCACGAAGUCCAGUUCUAGCGAAGAUCGGAGUGUCAUUCAAUCACCAUCCCCAACAUCUCGAGCACAAACACCACCCGAUAGUAUGCUAAGCACUGUGAAACAACAACCCAAGUCCUCUGGUAGCAGCACCGAACAUAGGAGAAGUCGGGUCGUCUCCAGCACCCAGGAGUCGCAAGGUGCACAGAUACGAGCUACACGGAGGAGCGGCUUCCCAAGUGGCCGGCACAGCACUGGUUCAUCCACUGGCACCGGUGCAGGGGACCGAUGUGCUCCCUCCUUGCGUAGCUCUCAGUCUGCAUCAGGUAGAGUCAAUCCAUGUGCGGGUAUAUCGGAAAAGGCUCCGGACAUUCCCAGCGCACCCAGACCCCGAUCCAGACGGCUAUCUACCUUGGGGCAAUCAGCACAGGCCGUAGUGAGUGCACAUGGACUUGCUAAGCGUACUGAAGGAAGCACGGCCAGCCACAAUGGGCCAACUCGGAAGAUCAUCCACACCAUCGCGAAAACAGCGAUUUCAGUAAUGGAUGACAGUGUCAAGCGCGCCUCUAGCCCUGCCUCCGCAGAGCCCACUCUACCUUCCAACGCAGUGCCGGGCUCGCUUCUCAUGUUCAACCGGGCACGGGGCCUGUACCAACACUGGGCCGUGUACAUUGGAGAUCACAAGGUUGUGCAUCUCACCGGUGCCGAGGAUCAACGUCGCUCUAGCAUACGUCACGUGGUCUCCAGUGUUACUGUGGGUAGUCGCACCCCGGUCGUGCAGAUCAGCGCUCUGGAUGAUGUACUUGGAAGAUGCAGCAUGGUUACAGUCGGCGAUGAGCACUAUGGGAAGGUGCUUGGCAAGCCCUUUCCACCGCAAAUGGUCGUCCAGCGCGCCCUGUCGCAGGUCGGAUGCCGUGGCUACCAGCUGGCGGUUAACAAUUGCGAACAUUUCGCGACCUGGGCAAAGUUUGGCGAGGGCUACAGCUCCCAGAGUGAUACCCACUUCAAGCCACUGCCCUUGUCAUGCCCAGCUGAUCGCUCUCGAGCCCAGUGCGAUGAAGUGACCCAGUCACAACUGGCCGUGGAGAGGCAAGAUUGGGCGAUGGUCUUUACACAGACUACUAGUACGUGGACUGGCUGUGAUCGCCACAGUGCCGAAUACUCUGGCCCCAGCAUCGCAGAAAGUAAGCGCUUUCCUGACCAUGUUCUGAGAAGUCAGCAGCAAGCCACGCAUGGCCCAGACCGCACAGCGCCAUCAGGAGUUGGCCUUGUAGCGGCUAACGGAAAGGGUUGGCUUUGGACAAGCGGGGAACCAGAUCUUUCCCCUGACCAGAAGGGUGCGGACGUCGACGGCUGGGAGAUCAUCCCGUUCACGGACAGCGCCACCGCGGCGAUCGACAUUACCCGUCAGGUGGUUGAGGACUUGCAGACUCGGCGGCGCACGCCCACGAAGAUCGUGGCGCAGCCGCAUCAGAUAGUCAUGUUUCACGCGCCGCUUCGUGACCAGGGCAGAUCUCACCCAGGCAGCGUCCGAUUCGGUGCCGCGUCUUCCAUCGCCUCUUUGCAGCACAUGUGCCGCCGCAACUACAUACAGAGGGAACGUCGCUUUAUCUUCAGCAUGGCCUAUUUCAACGGUCACUGGCUGAUUCUGUCGAGGAAGGACAGUUCACUGGAGGACCAGUGUGUUCUGGCCAGUAAGAAGUACCCAGCGGCUAAGAUCCAGCAGUUCUGGCAGCAAGGAUACACCAUCCCUACCAUGGCAGCUGGCGAUCACUGGAUCGUGGUUGUGGACAAAUCCUGCAACUUGGACUACUCGCCGCCAGAUCAGGGUGGCAGUCAGCUGAUAGAGCUGGUGAGACCCGGCGGUUGCCUGCCCGUGCAUCGCAUACACGAAUACGGGAGAAUGGGCUACAAGCUAACUUGCGCCACAGGAAACUAGAGCUGUCUUUAAAACGGUCUCAAAAUUAGAGACUGCUAUUAAAGACAGCAUGCAUACGUUCGUGUUUCGUACUGUUUACCAAGACUGCCUAGCCACUUGACAGUAUUCCUCACUCUGUGGGAACCAGCCCCUGGUUGGUGAGGAGGCAUCAUAGCCUGUUCGCUUGAUAAAUAAAAUAUAGAGCAACACACCGCACCAUACCGUUCAGCAUGUCACAUCGACGGUCUACUACAUGGUUCUCUUCAUAUUUCAGAUCAGAUUUUUGUAGUUACCUUGAAGUACACAGAUAGGGCCCUUGAUUGAUGGCCGAACCUAUUAGCUCUUUCAGUAUCUGUAGCAUUGAGAAUGAUAGCCGGACAUUAUCAUGAUAUGUCAGUACUUGUAAUUUUGUACAAUAGUGGUUAACAUCCGUACGGCGUACGGGCCUUUCGAGUCCCCCAAACGAACUCUUCUCUAAAAAAAUAUCGAUAUUUUGUGGACGACCUCUAAGGCCAUUUACAUGACUGUACAUGUAUAUCUCCGCCCUACUCCCCGGCACCAUCCGCAUCCUUUCAUGAGGAUGCUCAAGGGGGUGGGGGUGGAGAUCACAAGUAUGCACAGAGUGCUCAAUAACCCAGGCCAGGGGGUCAGAGCCGGAGCAACAAGCACAAAACAACAAUGGAUCAUGGCAAGGCAUUCUCGCAAUUUUGGCAGCUGCGAGACUGCCUUGAGUCGUUGUUUUUUUUUGCAAGGGAACGAACACGUUCGGUUACUAAAUUGGCUUACUUGACUGUGUGGAUUGCGUCGGAGCUGACACCUUUUCUUUCGAAAUUGGAUACGCCUCCAAUUUUUUCCUAACGUUUUUUUCCGCUUGUAAUAUUGUCGCUCACAUGUACAUGUACAU